GCAUAUUUGCAAUGGUAUGCAUCUAAUUAACCCUUUCUAUUUCCCCCAAAUUCGCAUCUCACCGGCGGCCGCGCACGCCGCCGCCAUCCUCCGGAACUCCGCCUCCCCGCACCACCGCCUCUCACCUCCGGGGAGCUACCCCCUCCACCUCUUGUCCCAGGUGGCUCCCCGCCCACAGCGGGUGGAGUCGUUCCGAAGGAUCUGCGGAAGGAGGAGCAGGCGGAGGCCGGAGCGAUGUCGAAGCAGCUGGUGUCGCGGCUGCUGGGGAUGUUCCGGUCGCGGACGCAGGUGGGCGCCGACAAGUUCGGCAACCGGUACUUCACCCGCGUCGAGGAGGUCGACGGCCUCAUGAAGGAGAAACGGUGGGUGGAGUUCAAGGGGAGCGACCAGGACCCGACCACUGUUCCAGUUGAGUGGAUUUGCUGGUUGAAUGGGCAAAGGAAGAAAGCUCCAACGCCAGAGGAAUUGGCUGAGCUGGAAGCGAGGCGUGAACGCGUCAAGCAAAAUAUUGAACUCCUCAAAAAGAAAGAAGAGGAAAAAAAGAGUGGUGCCCGACCACGACCAGUCAAGACGGUUGGGAAGUUUGAAUCUCCAAAUCUCAAAAGUUUUAUUCAGCAGUUUCCUGAUACUUCGCUAGAUCAGAGAAAAGGAGAUGAUGAGGUAUCUAGAUCAGAGGACAGAACUAAUACAGAGGAUGUCAUCACAGAUACUAACAGGUCUUCUGAGCCGACAGGAACUGGUGCUACCUUCAAACCGGGGACAUGGCACCCACCAGCAUGAAUGACAACAUGAUGUAAUUCUAGCAGAUGACAUGGCAUCAGCAUUUUCCUUUGAGAGUGUAUUAACUUCCAGUUAUUUGAUGAAAGAAAUGAAUAUUCAUUUUUACUAACACUCGGCUGUUACGUCAACAAAUACAGCGGCCGAUGGGACAAUAUACUUACCAUCAAGUAUAUGAAUAUUCAUGUGGUUGAGCAA